AUGCUCACUAUCAAAUUCGCCCUAUUCCUGGCACCCUUAUUUGCACUUGCUAUUCCCGUCGACAUCCAAACAAGACAGAAUAAUGAAUGCUGCUACAAAACCGAGGACAUCAAUAAGCUGGUUUUUAGAACCAACGGCACGUCAGGUCAAUUCUUGGACACUCUAUCAUGGUGCAUGCUGCAGGUCGACCGCGACGCAAGCGACCCGAAUAAUUGCGAGAAGGCAACACCUUAA